GACAGUGCCAAUAGUUGUCAUUUAUCAUCUGCAUCUCAGCGCACUGCCAACAUCUACUACUUCUCUCUUACGAAAGUGAACAACAGUCUCAGCUAAAAAAGAUGGCUGACGUUCAACCACCCUCAGGCAAUGAAAGCCUUCAAUGCAAACCAGAUGAAAGUUACAAAUAUCACGUUUACACUGCUGUCUACUCAGUUGUAUUUAUUUUUGGGCUGAUUUUUAAUAUAGCCGCUUUGUAUGUGUUCUGUUUUGUCUGCAAGAAGAAGGGGAACGCAACAAUAUGCCUGUUGAAUCUUGCAGCUGCAGAUCUCACCUUCAUAUGUUUCCUGCCAUUAAGAAUAUCCUAUUACAGAAAUAACGCCACAUGGAUAUUCGGAGACGCACUAUGCCGUAUUACCACAUAUUCUUUUUAUUUCAGCAUGUACGCCAGCAUACUCCUCUUGGCCUGUCUCAGUGGCUUACGAUAUUCUGCUGUGGUGUUUCCAGGAAGCAUAAGUGUAAAGACAACUAUUAAACUCUGUACAUGUGUCUGGUUAUUUUCAGGAGCCAGCACCUCACCCUUUUUCCUGUCAGGAACUCAAAUUCGUGAAAAUGCAACGCGCUGUUUUGAGCCCUCAGGGCAGUUUUCGUGGACUCGGGUCAUGUACAUGAAUUAUUUUGCCCUGAUUUGUGGAUUCUCAAUACCGUUCUUGGUUACUGUGAUAUUUAAUGGGUUACUCAUCAGGCAUAUUAAGCAAAUACCCACGGAGAAAAAAAAAAUUAGAAAACUAAGCAUCAUGAUUGUCCUUGUCCUUUCAGUGUUUUCUUUCUGCUUUUUGCCAUACCACAUUCAAAGAACAAUGCAUCUCUAUUACUUGGUCCAUCACCCAAACAUAUGCAGCUUACAUGCUAUUCUUCAGAGAAGCGUUGUUGCGACGUUGUGUUUGGCUGUUCUAAAUAGCUGCCUGGAUCCACUGCUCUAUGUAUUUGUAGGCCAUGGUUUCAAGCCUUGGCUGGAGUUAAUAUGCAAGUCUAAGACUAAGUUAUACUUAAUUCCUAGCUCAACUGAUAUUGGAGACCAGCAAUUGAUGGAAGUUCAGAUGGAAGCAAUGGAUCUAGGGCAUGAAUGAAGUAUUUGUAAAGAUAUCAGUGCAGACAUCUUCUUAUUUACAACGUAUGGGGUAACAUGUCAUAAAGCAGAGCUAAAACUCAAAAUUCAGCAAGUGCACCUAGCUUGAACAGCAUUCAGACACGUAGAGGGUUAUUUACUAAACUCCGAAUAGCUGAAAUCUGAAAAAUUUGUGAUUCUUUGUGUUAUAAUAGGCUUUUAAAAAAAUCACAAAUUUUUCGGAAUUUAUUAAACCCCGAGGGCUAAAAAUCCCCAGUAUAAAAACACGGCAUCUCAAACCUGUCGAGGUUGCAUAAAAGUCAAUGGGAACAGUCUCAUUGAUUUUUGGUUUAGGUUUCGGGCAAUUCCACAAUGUUUUUGGAGCUUUCGGGUGAAAACUCCGGAAUAUUCGGAGUUUUCAGGGGAAAAUUCCCGAAAAAAAUCGGAGCUUUUCCCCCGCAAAGGUAAUUUUCGUGAAAAUGUAAUAAUAAAUAAGCGUUAAAAACCCGAGCGGCUUAGAUCGGAGUUUGUAGCAGCCAAUAUUGGAGAUGAAUUCGGACCUUGAUAAAUAACCCCCUCAGGGGGUUAUUUAUGAAACUCAGAUUUAUCUCAUGUUUUUACUAAACCAAUCGGGACCAAAGUCCCAUCCACGAUUUUAUCUUAUUGAUCAAUAAAAUAAUUCGAAAAAGUCAGGUCAGAAAAAAUCUUGAUAAAAUCGAGCAAAAACCCAAAUCAAAUGAAUUUUUCUUUUUUACACCCAAUCGCUUAUUUUUUUUGGGUUAUCUUCCUAAAACUCCACAUUUUUUGGAUUAUAGGACAAAACCCAAUGCAUAUCACAAAAAUUGAGGUUUAGUAAAUAACCCCCUUAAAAUCUAGGGAGCACUGGAAGCUGCAAGGCAAGGAGAACACUGUACAUAGUGCCUGUCUAUGGCAAGUUUAAUUACAGAGCUCCCCUGCACCUGUGCGUUGCACCUUUCACCAGAUUCUAAAUCAGCAUUUGCACCAGGGGCAAUGGAAAAAUCACCAGUAUUUUUUUAGUAAGUUUAUGCAUAAAACAACCACAAAUUAACUUUUGUUAGUACUAUGCUGAUAGUGUGUUUGUUAGAAGUAGCCAUAUAUAGAACAUUACAUAGUAUCUUUGCUUUCUUAUACAGUAUGAAGAAUAUGGAAUGAAAUUAGAUUAAAUAAAGCACCAAACAGUCUCCACAUCUCUUCAAGUAAACCAGCUCAAUCUGUGUGUUAUAUGAUGUUAUAUGACUGUGAAAUAUGUAUACAUAUAUUUAUAUAUAAAUAAAUGUAUGGGACCUGUUAUCCAGAAUGCUUGAGGCCUGGUGUUUAAUGGAUCUUUCCACAAUAUUUUAAGUCUACUAGAAAAUCACAUUAAAUGAAACCAAUAGUCUGGGUUUCUUUCCAAUAAGGAUUAAUUAUAUUUUAGCUUGGAUCAAGUAUGAGAUACUGUAUUAUUAUUAUUAUUAUUAUAGAUAAAAAAUAUUCUGUCUUUGAAAAUGUGGAUUAUUUGGAUAAAACAGAGUCUUUGGGAAUGCUCUAUGUUCAAAUAUGGGAUCAUCAAAAACCUAGCUUCAAAAUUAAGUCGUGUACUGGAAACAAAUAUUGUGACACCAUUAAGAGUUAACUAAAAGAUGCUGCGAAGCCUGCAAUCUAAGUAAUGUCUAUUCCAAUGACUAAAAGCUGUGAUCUGGCUUUUGAGGGUGAUACUUGUGGCCAUUUGUCUGUACAUAUUGUUCCCGGAAAUAAAUGUUUCCUCUUCCAGUACAUGUAUGCCAAAAUGCAUUGAACAAGGUCUGUUCAGAAUAAGAUGUACAGUAAUAAGAGAUGUAUUCAGACUGCCCAGUACAGUGUUUUGGUAUGAACCCAUCACCUGUGGGAUAUGCUUAUUAAGUGAAACGUACAUGUUAUAUUG